AUGGAGCAAAUCAUGAAAGAUUCAACCCUUGAUCCCAGUCUCGUGUGGAAUUCAGCAUUAAGGCCACACCCCCUUUCUGCAUUCUACUGGGGCCCUGGUUAUGCCUCCUCUGGCUCAGUCCCACAGCUGCCUGGUAGGCGACUGGAGGUGUUGAUCAGUGCUCGCUGGGAUUUCGCUGACGUGGCCCCAACCCCACCUCCCUCCCCACCCCGUGAUGGCAGAAGAAACUUGACUGAACAAAUUGGCCACAGCAAAGGAAAAGGAGGAGUGGAAUGUAGUGAUGUCGCAGUCUGCCUAGGAACUGUCAUUACUGCAAGACCAGCCACUGAUCUUACAACACAGUCCCGUAAACAUUCUCGCUCCAUUUCUGGUUCCUCUGGUCACAGCACAAAUUUCCAACUGGAAGGGGAAUGGAGACUAUGGGACCUAGGAGCAAGAGGUUUCAGGCUGCCUUACUCCCUUCACAUAGACAUUGACAGUGGGAAAAGCCUGCACUUUCCCGUUAAAAAAUAUUGGCAGAGAAACAGCCCUGGAGUUCCAGCAGGAGCAAAGAGGAACAGGAAAACAAAUGGCAGUGGCCCUGAGACAGCCACUGCUGAUGGUUGCCACUCACCUGGAGAUUCAGCAACAGGUAUCCACGGGGAGGGCCCUACAUCAUCUGCUUCCCUGAAGGAUCUGGAGAGCCUGUGCCAAGAGCUAGCAGUAGUCCUGGACUCAAGGUCCGUAAAAAUCAGUCAACUGAAUAACAUCAUCAAAUCUCUGAAAGAACAGAAGAAACAAGUGCAACAUCAGCUGGAAGUAGAAAAGAAAGCAAACAAUGAGAACAAAGCCGAAAGGGAGCUAGAGGUUCAAAUCCAGAGAUUGAACACACAGAAAGGGAAACUAAAUACAGACCUAUAUCACAUGAAACGUUCUCCCAGAUACUUUGAAUAUGAGUCCAAGGAUCUGGCCAGCCGCCUGCAACAUUCAUUGCAGCGUAUAGCAGAGUUAGAGUGGGCUCUCUCUGCUGUCACUGCCACACAGGAGAAGAAGGAGAUCAGUACCUCGAGCCACAGUAAAGCUGUUAUUGAGUGGCAGUUAGAGUGGUCCAUAUGGGAGCAGGCACUGCUGAAUGCACACAUGACAUGGUUGAAGGAGUUGCUUAAACAAGUCCAGCUAGAGAGAGAUGAAUAUGCUCACCACAUAAAAGGAGAGAGGGCCUGGUGGCAGCAGAGGAUGAGGAAAAUGUCACAGGAGGUUCGCACAUUGAAGAAGGAGAAGAAGCAUGAUACACGUUGGGUAGAGAAGCUGGAGAGGAGCUUGUCCAAACAAAAACCAGAGGGAGGGCCUUAUUGCCUGCUUCCUUUCUCCGCUGAACCCCUGCCUCUGGAGCCUCCAGCAGUGCCCUCUGAGGUGGAGCUGCAGCAUCUGAGGAAGGAAGUUGAGAGAAUGGCAGGAGAACUCCAAGCCCAGGUGGAAAACAAUCAGCACAUGAGUGUCCUGAUCUGGGGGCAAAAGGAGAGGCUUCAGCAGCAGGAGGAGAGGCUUCAGCAGCUGGCCGAGCCACAGAGUGGCUUCGAGAAGCUGAACAAUGAGAACAAGAGCGCACUGCAGUUGGAGCAGCAGGUAAAGGAGCUGCAGGAGAAGCUGGGUGAGGAGCGCCUGGAAACCUCCAGCCAGCAGAACCAGCCCCUACAGGCCCAGCUGAGCCUCAUGGUUCUUCCUGGGGAAGGAGAUGGAGGAGGACAUCUGGACAGUGAGGAGGAGGAGGCACCUCAGCCCAUGCCGACCGUCCCGGAGGACCUGGAGAGCUGGGAGGCCAUGAGCGGCCUUAUGGACCUCCUGGAGAAGGUGGACCUGAGGGAGUGGGUGGAGAAACUACAGCUUCGAUUCAUCCAGAACUGGAAAGACAGAUGCCAUCAGAAAGUUCAUCACAUUAUAAUAGAGCCAGGGGGUAGUGCCAAAGAUGCAGCACCAGGAGGCCAUCAGGCUGGCCCAGGACAAGGAGGAGAUGAAUGUGAAGCUGCUGGAGCUGCAGGAGAUAAUGCUGUGGCUUGUGGUGACUACAACGAGGGGCAUGGCAAAUUUCCGGCCACUGCCCAGAACCCUGCUGAUGAGCCCAGUCCAGACCCAGCCCCGCAGGAGCUGGGAGCUGCCGACAAGCAUGGUGAUCUUUGUGAGGUGAGCCUCACCGACAGCGUGGAGCACCCAGGCUUGGGCAUCAACCCCUGUGUGCCAUUCUUUUGCCGGGCUUCGCUGCCAAGAAGAAGGAGAUUAACAUCACCAUCAUCAAAGAGCUGGUCAAGAAAUUUUAAAAAAGGAAACAAAGUUAUGGGGUUAAUCUCCUACCCAAUUCAUUUACUUCAUUUGAAUGUUAGAGCCACUCAUGAUUAUUUGUGUUUCUAAUUUACAAUUUAAGUUUAUUUGUAAAAAGUUAAAGGAGAGUGGGUCUCUGAGGCUUUCACUGAUGUUCA